UGUCAGUCAUGAGACAGCCGGCAUUGGAAUAAAUUUCAGCAACAGCGACGCUGUCUCGAAAAUGGCGGAGGUUUGCGAGAGGCGAAAGAGUUUUGUUAAAAAUUUGAAAUGAUUUGAAGGGAAGAAGUUAAAAAAUUAAAAAGUUAGCUAUGAUAGAAGAUUCAGCAGUGGAGGAUGAACAGUGCCUAGAUAUGGGCAACCUUUAAGCUGAGUGCAUUGUGAUUUCCAAUAAUUGAGACAGUGAAUUCUAAAAAGCUGUCUACAUUAAUGAAAAGAACAAUGUAGUCAGCUUUGCAUAUUCAUCACUUUUACUUGACCAGUAGAGAAUGUGUUUUGAGUUAACAGGAAUGUAUUGCUGCAUGCACCUAAGUAAACCGAAAGCGUUGAACAGACACAGAAAGAUUUAGGUUGCGUUGUUUUAGUUUUCUUCUCACAUCCCGGUAGUGUGUUCUUGCGUAUUUCAGUUAAACGUCGAGCGAAUUUAAGUAGUGAAAAUGGAAGGUAGCGAGCUUUUACCUCCCCUGCCGUUGGAACCGCCCGAUGGCGGGUGUUCGGAGAGCCUUAAUUGCGCAGCGCCUCCACCACCUCCCCUGCAAACGUCCAGUGAGGCAGAAGAAAUGGACGUUAGCUCUGGUGGUGAUGGACCCACACACACCCCAGCAGGGGACAGGGAGGGCUCGGCAGAGAGGUUUGAGCUUCACGGCAGGGGGCCCGAGGAGGCCGAGACUAGCGCCCUGUCCCCCAGAACCGCCCGGCACGCGCCCCCGCUCACCAAGUUCCUGCCCGACCUGAAGCUGCUGAAGGACGUUAAGAUCAGCGUCAGCUUCUCGGAGAGCUGCAGGAGCAAGGACAGGAAGGUGCUGUACACGGGGGUGGGCCAGGACGGGGCGGGCGGCAGGGCGGAGGAGGGCGUGAACGGUGAGUUGUACGAAGACCCCGCGCCGGGGUCGUCCGAUGACCAGGCAGGCGUAGGCGUGGGUAACGGCGGUGGCGGCGCCGGCGGCGACGCCGUGGUCAGGUGUGCAGGGAGAAAGGGAGAGGAGGCGGAGACCGACCUGGAGAACAAGGUGGAGUUUGCGGUUCUGGAUGAGCUGGAGGAUUUCACAGAGAAUUUUCUGGAGACUGAAGACGGAGACCAGGUUGGGUUCAGGUCUCAGGUGAUAGUGCAGCAAGAGCAAGCGGACGAGGAGGUCCUAAAUUACUCCUACGAGGAGGACUUUGACAACGACGUGGACGCGCUGCUGGAGGAGGGCAUGCCGGUGCCCAAGAAGAUGCGCCUGGCCGAGGACAAGUACGGCGGGGACAGCGAUCACCCGUCCGACGGGGAGACCGGCGUCCAGCCCAUGAUGACCAAAAUUAAAACCGUGCUUAAGAGUCGCGGACGCCCGCCUACCGAGCCGCUGCCCGACGGAUGGAUCAUGACAUUCCACAAUUCCGGCAUUCCAGUUUACCUUCACAGGGAAACCAGAGUAGUCACCUGGUCCAGGCCGUACUUCCUGGGAACAGGGAGCAUCAGGAAACACGAUCCCCCGACCAGCAGCAUUCCCUGCCUGCACUACAAGAAAAUGAAGGAUCAAGAAGAGAGGGAACAAAACGGAGAGGUGACCCCCAAGGCCUCCCCCGCCAAGGCGGCCGAGGGGAUGGAGGUGAACGAGGGGGAGGCCGAGCCCGACUCCACGGCCCCGGAGGAGCUGACCGGCGCCCCCCCGGGGGAGGUGGGGGAGGCGGGGGAAGUCGGAGGUCCCGGGGACGAGCCGGGGGCGGCCGCGGCGACGGUGGUGGUGGCGGCGGCGGCAGAGUCUCAGUCCUUCGAGACAGCCCAGGGAGCUCUGGGACAGGUCAAGGCCAAGGUGGAGGUGUGCAAGGACGAGUCUGUGGAAAUCGAGGAGUUCCGCGGCUACCUGGAGAAGUGCUUCGACUUUGAGCAGGUGACGGUGAAGAAGUUCCGCACGUGGGCGGAGCGUCGGCAGUUCAACAGGGAGAUGAAGAGGAAGCAGGCGGAGUCAGAGAGGCCCAUCUUACCCGCCAAUCAGAAGCUCAUCACACUCUCCGUUCAGGAUGCACCGACAAAGAAAGAGUUUGUCAUCAAUCCAAACGGGAAAUCGGAAGUGUGUAUACUUCACGAAUAUAUGCAACGUGUUCUUAAGGUCCGACCGGUUUAUAACUUUUUUGAAUGUGAAAACCCGAGCGAACCCUUUGGAGCUUCAGUCAUUAUCGAUGGAGUCACGUAUGGAACUGGAACCGCAAGCAGUAAAAAACUUGCCAAGAAUAAAGCUGCUCGAGCAACACUGGAGAUCCUUAUACCCGACUUUGUGAAGCAGACGUCCGAGGAGAAGCCGAUGGAAGGCGAUGAGCUGGAGUAUUUUAAUCAUAUCAGUAUUGAAGAUUCGAGGGUUUACGAGCUGACCAACAAGGCUGGUCUGCUGUCCCCCUAUCAGAUUCUUCAUGAGUGCCUUAAGAGAAACCACGGAAUGGGUGACACCAGCAUCAAGUUUGAGGUGAUCCCCGGGAAGAACCAGAAGAGCGAGUACGUGAUGACCUGUGGGAAGCACACGGUGCGGGGGUGGUGUAAGAAUAAGCGUGUGGGGAAGCAGCUGGCCUCUCAGAAGAUCCUGCAGAUGCUGCACCCCCAUGUGAAGAACUGGGGGUCACUGCUGCGCAUGUACGGCAGAGAGAGCAAUAAGAUGGUGAAAAAGGAAAAUUCAGAUAAAAGUGUGAUCGAACUUCAGCAGUAUGCCAAAAAGAACAAGCCAAAUCUUCACAUCCUGAACAAACUGCAAGAGGAGAUGAGGAAGCUGGCGAAAGAGAGGGAAGAAACCAGGAAGAAGCCAAAAAUGACAAUAAUGGAAUCUGCUCAGCCUGGCAGCGAGCCCCUCUGUACUGUUGACGUUUAGAGAACUGCAACCAACCGACAAACACGGCACUGACCAAUGGUAUCCAUUUUCACUGUCCAAAAAAUAAAAAAUUUAAAAAAAGGCCACACCCACGUGCUUGAAUAAUGCCUCAUUAUGCAGAGUGAAAUGGCAAUACAAACUUUAAUGUAAGGAGACCUCUUAUUGUAACCUGGGCAGUUACCAAGCUGCUCUUUUUAAAGUUUUGGUGUGCACAUUUUUACACACAUGGGACACUUAAGAACAGGAUAAAUGCACUAAAAAAUGUUUAAAAAAAAAAAAGUAUAGCUUGAACAUCAUUCUCGUAUAGCCUCUACACAGCACUUUCAACCCCCCUCCCCCCACAAAUGAACCAUAGGUUCUGCUGAAAAAAUGUAAUUUGAGUUUAUAUUUUUUAUUAAUUUUUUUCCAACAGACUUAAGUGGUCAAAGUCUAAAUAUAACCACGUAUCAGCAGAUGAAAACAAAUAACAUUUUACCAGUUUGAUUUCACUUUUAAUAAUUCUUUCUUUGGCAAUAGGAGUUUAAGAUCAUCGUUGAAUUUUCCGUUUGUGUUGACCACACCGAUAAAAUAAGUUUCAGAGUUUUUCAUUCAAAUACAAUAAGCCUUCAGUUGGUUUUUCGGUGAUAUUCAGUUUAUAAAAACAAAAAAAAGUGAAAUGAAAAAUUGUACAGGUGGUCUUGUAUUUUUCAAGGAUUUACAGUGUCUUGUGGAACAGCUUCCCAUUUGAUUUUCACUCCUCAGCCCUAUGUGGUACGCCACUGAAAUCUAGCAGUUCACUGGUGUACAGAACAUUAUUUUUUUCUGGCUGACAUUGUACAUAGCGUCCACGAUGGAUAUUAAAAUAGGAUUUAAAAACGGAAGCUGUGGAAUGCGACAUUGUCGGAUCGGUUGGCUAUAGUUUUCAUUUGCACAUUUAAAAAAACAAAAACGAAUGGCAUUGUUACUGCAUUUACAAGAUUGUCUAUAUUCAAGUGUAUCAUUGAGUUAACGGGGAACCAAGUGACAAUUGUUUUUUUUUUUUUUUUUUUUUUUUUUUUUUUUUUUUUUUUUUGAAAAGACUAUUCCACGCUUGUAUUUUCAAGAAAUGCAUAUUUGUGGGCAAAGGGUACUGAAGGGGGAAUUUGUCUUGGUGUAAGCUUGAUUUUUUUUGUUCUAGAUAAAGAAAAAACUAUAUAUUAUAGAAUUUUUGAUUGCCUUUUUUUUUUUUUGUUCCGGAAAUGCAGGAUGAAACAUAUCAGUGGUCGGCUGUAAUGCUGAUCUAACAAGCUAGGUCUUGCUUUCCUUGUUUUGGCACUGCAGAAAACACAAGCACAAGAGCUUGAGGUACUGUAGUCUGAGAAGAGUGUGUAGGGUUGCGGAUACAAGGGUCUGGUCGGUCGCGUCAAAUUUAACCUUUUCCACUUAUUUUCUUUAUUGCGUUUAUGGGGUAGCUUACUUAACAUUAACCUUUCUUUCAUUCAGAUUUUAUUCUCAUUACAGAGUGGCCAAAAUAUUCUUAGUGUAGAUGGAGCUACUCCUGGUACAGCAGCUUUGAUAUAAUUGCUACUUUGGGGGGGAAAUGAACAGUUCUGGAUGUGGUUUCCUCUCUAAACAGGUCACAGGCGGUGUGUGAUGCCUUAGUUUAGCCUGUUUCGGUAAGGGCUCCCUUUGUGAACGCAAGGAGAACACAAGUCUAAAACAGUGGGAACCAACCCUGUACUUGGAGAUGUACAGUCCUGUAGGUUUUCAUUCCAAGCCUAAGAAGGCAAACCUCAUACAACAGCGAGAGAUCUUGUUGUGCUGCCAAUUAGUAGUCAGGUGCACCAAAUUAGGGUUGAAAUGAAAUCCGACAGGAUGGUAGAUCUCCCAGGGUUGGUAACCACUGGUCUAAAGGACCUUUAUUUUGUGAGGGGAGGAGUUUUUUUGGGGGGGGGGAGGGGAGGGGCUUCUACUUCAGCCUGUGUCAUUGGAGAAGCUGCCCAGUAUAUAUUUGCUGUGGAGUGAAAAUGUCAGUAAUAUUGGUAUUCUGUCUGAACUGCCUUUUAGCAUGUGCUGAUUUUAAUCGUCUUAAUGGGAUUGUUUGUCCGUGUACGGUGUGUGUACGUUUGCCAUUUACGUGACAGUUGAUCAUGUGUAUUCAGAUCUAAUCAAGUUUAAAACGGUGUAUUGAAUAUUUGGAGCAAAGUUUGUUUUUUCCUUUUCUUUUCAAUGGGGCAAUCUACAAAAAUGAAGGUGGUACUCUAUUACCUCGAACAAAAAAGCAUUUUCUCAUGACACGAAGUCCCAUAGUUCAAGCAGUGUGAACCAAAGCUUAUAUCCAGUCUUAUGCAUUUUUAUAGAAUAUACUGUAGGUUGCUGCACAAUAAAUAUAUACAUAUAUAUACAGGAAAGAAAAAGAAGAUGCAAUAACUGCUGGAACAAAUUUUAACUGCUGUGCACUGUCAGUGUUGUAUUUUGGUGUGUGUGUGCGCGCGUGCUUUUUUCCUCAAUGUUUACUGCAUUUCUUACAUUUCACCACUGCACACCAACACAAAGCUGCUGUUGUCACAUUUAGAAUGCUUUAAGAAUGUGCUUUCUGCAUUACAAUUUUGGAGAGACGAUAGUCUUGUUUUUUUCUUUCGUUUGUUUUUUUUUUUUGUCUUGCGAAUUGCGUGUUAGUGUGCAAAGAGGAGCCUUUUAUACCGUUACAGUUGGACCCGUAACAGUGUGGAAUUCUGUAGCUAAAGGUAAUGCUGCCUAGGAUAUGAAGUGUCUUGUAAUGUGACUUGAGUUCACUGACUUGACUUCAGUGAAAUUUUGUUUAUGCAAAUAAACUUGUCUUGACAAACAG